AUGACUAGUGACAAUACCAUUAUCAUUUCAGAUGAAGAAUAUGAACAACAAGUUGAUUCCUCUGGUGAUGACGAAGAAUUUCAGUCAGUUGAUGAGGAAUCUUCUUCAAAUGAAUUAUUGUUAAAUGAUAAUGAAUCGUUUGCAACACCUAAAUAUGUAAAAGAAUCAGAUAUAGAAAAUACAUUCACAAAUAUAAAUAUGAAUGAUUUUUGGAUUCUUUUAUGGAUCUUUAAAUAUCAAGAAAGAUUCAGGCUUCCGGAUAUUGCAGUCGAUUCAUUAAUCAAAUUUUUCAGGGUAGUACUGUCUGAUACUAAUGAAAAACGAUUUGAAAAAUUUCCUACAAGUGCUUAUAUGGCAAGGAAGUUAUUAGAUAUAAAAAGAAAAUUAAAAACAUAUGUUACCUAUCCUGAAUGCAAUAAAAUAUAUUCUAUUACAAUAAAUCAGAUGAAUUCAGAAUGUAAAUACUCUUAUGUAAAAUUUCUGAAUCAUCCAAUGCGAAAUUAA